AUGGCUUUCGGAUUGUGGAAGAGUAAGCGUGAGGCCCGGACGGCGGCCGAGAAGGAAACCAUUCAAGACAACUGGCGGUGCUUCGUGGCCUGUGGUAUCAUGCUGCUCGCACCAUUUCAGUAUGGGCUCGACUUUGGUCUUAUCGGUGGUCUUCAGGCAAUGGUUGGAUUCCUUAAACUCUAUAUCCAGGAGAGUAGCCCAGCAAAGUACCGCGGCCUCUUCCUCACCGGGUUCCAGUUCUCGACUUCCUUUGGAUCAUUGAUCGGAACAAUCAUCGAUUGGGCCACGGCCAAGCGUCCCGACCGCUCUGCCUACCUUAUCCCCUUAGGCUUAAUUUACGUAUUCCCCCUCUUCAUAACCGUCGCCUUGUGGUUUAUCCCCGAGUCACCACGUUGGCUCGUCCAUAAGGGCCGCGUCGAAGAUGGUCGCAAGGCAUUACAAUGGCUCCGACCAAAAGGCACCAACGUUGACCCUGAAGUGGACGAUAUCGCGAACGCCAUCCAAAAGGAGAAGGAGCUUGGCAAAGGGGUUGGCUUCGUUGACAUGUUCAACAACUCGGUCGACCGGCGCAGAACCAUUGUUGCCGUCGGAGCCGUGACGCUCCAGGCCGCCACUGGGUCCAUGUUCAUCAUUGCGUUCAAGGCAUACUUCUUCACAAUGGCUCAAACUCCCGACGCGUUCGCCAUGAGCUGCGUAGUCAACGCCGUCGGCCUCUUCGCCAUCAUCGUGAAUACCUGCAUUGUCGUCAGGUACGGAAAGCGCCGUAUCUUGCUUAUGUACGGAAUGACGAUCUGCGGCAUCUUGCAGCUCAUUGUCGCUGUCGUUUAUGACACGGUGCCAAAUACGAAGGUGGCUGGAAAGGUGCUAAUCGCCCUGAUAAGUCUGUACAUGAUGACCUACUGCGGUAUGGUCGCUGCCUAUGCAUGGGUAGUCGGCGGCGAGGCUCCAUCUCAGCGUCUGAGGAGUUAUACCUUUGGCCUAGCAGCUGCGGUAGGCUUCUUCUUCGCCUGGUUGACCACCUUCACGGCACCGUACUUCAUCAACCCCGAUUCUCUCAACUGGGGUCCUCGGUAUGGAUACAUUUGGUUCCCUUCAGCCACUAUCGCAGCCAUUUGGGUAUACUUUUGUCUCCCAGAGACAAAGGGGCGCACCUUGGAGGAGAUCGAUGAGAUGUUUUUGGCCAAAGUUUCUGCACGGAAGUUUGAGAGUUACAAGUGUACUACUCAUCUUGCGGAUCUUGAGAAGGAUAAAGUUUCCAUCGAAGAAGUGGAGGUGGUUGAAAAGGAGCGGAGCGGGUAG